GUUAAAUAUGAAUGGGCCGGGCUGAAACUUUUAAUUGGGCCCAGGCCCAAAAUACCAUCUAAUGGCAAUGCAAAAUCGUGGUCUGUCAGUUAUUCUCUUCGUCGUCUCCAUCCACUCUCCACUACUCUUCCCUCUACCUUAACUAGUUACUUAUGACCAUUGUCAGAAUUUGUAAGAGAUUUCUCAUUGUUAUGGCUUGAUUCGACCUUGCAGAGAAUGGGAACGAAUUCUAGAAACUGAAUCAACAGAAUGGAUCCUGCUGAGCAAUCUAUAAAAAUUGGAGGAAAGAAACAUCAAUGGACUGCAUUUGAGGAUUCUAAGUUAGUAGAGUGUUUAUUGUGUCUAAUCAAUAAUGGGAAUUGGAAAGUAAUUUGCGGCAAAACCCCCUCAACUAUCAAUUUACUUGCAAAAAACCAUCCAACCUCAUAUUUUGUUGGGAAAACCCUCCAAAGUACUGUUUCGUUUACAAUUUUAAGGUGUCGUCUAUUCAGCCUCGUUAAGUCUUAAUUUUGCCCACGUGGCAAUGACAGGUCAAUAAAAAAUUAUCCUACGUGGCCAUAUUUUACAAAAUAAAAAUUAAAAUAAAAACAAAAAAUUUAAGAGUAAUUUGCGGCAAAACUCCCUCAACUAUCAAUUUACUUGCAAAAAACCAUCCAACCUUAAAGUUUUUUAGAUGGUUUUUUGCAAGUAAAUUGAUAGUUGGGGGAGUUUUGCCGCAAAUUACUCUUAAAGUUUUAUUUUUAUUUUGUAAAAUAUGGCCACAUAGGAUAAUUUUUUAGUGACUUGUCAUUGCCACGUGGGCAAAAUUAUGAGCUGGACAGACGGCAUCUUAAAAUGUAAACAGAAUAGUACUUUGGAGGGUUUUCCCACCAAAAUAUGAGGUUGGAUGGUUUUUUGCAAGUAAAUUGAUAGUUAAGGGGGUUUUGCCGCAAAUUACUCAUCCAACAAUGGUAGUACCUUCAAGAAUGGCUACCUACAGCAAUUAGAGAAAUUGUUGCAUGAGAAGAUUCCUCGAUGUGAACUUAAAGCACAUCCACAUAUUGAUUCUCGCAUCAAGAUAUUGAAAAAACAAUGUCAUGCAAUUUCUGACAUGUUGGGGGAUUCUGCUAAUAGAUUUGAAUGGAAUGCAGAGGAAAAGUGUAUUGUGUCUGACAAAAAUGUGUUUGAUGAAUGGGUUAAGAGUCAUCCAAGUGCCAAAGGUUUAAGAUACAAGUCCUUUCCUCAUUAUGAUGAGUUAAUAGUUGUAUUUGCAAUUGCAAAGAAUGGAGCUACUGAAGAAGGUGCCACUGCAAAGGGAUUGCCUAACAUGGUUGAAGAAAUUGCUAAAGAUAUUGAGAAUGAUAACAUUGAAAUUACUUCCAAUCCAUUGGACGCGUUGGAUGGUGUUGCCAGCGCUAGUCAGACUAGCUCACGUUCAGACUCAUCAAUAUCAGGUAAAAUGAAUAGGAAGAGAUUUAGGAGUGAAGAUGCAUUAGUUUGCUUGUUGAUUGAUGCAGUAAAACAAUGGAGUAAGAUCCAUGCGGCUUCUUGUGAGAGCAUUGCCAGACUUGCCAAUUGUUUUCAACAUCACGCUGACGCUGCUGACAGGAGGAUGAGAUUAUUUAGUGAACUUAAAAAGAUCAAUGGAUUGACAAAUACACAACGAGUAAGAGUUGGGAAACUUCUUGUUCAAAAUCAAGCUAUUACUGACUAUUUCUUUAGUUUGGAUGAUGAGUUCAAACAUGCAUUACUUGUGCAAUUAUUGGAGUGACUUAGUUUGAGUUUUAGGAUUCAGUUUUAGAAGUAACUUUGACUAUUAGGAUGAAGCCUUUGUAUUUCCAAACUCAACUGCACUAUGUUAUAUAUAAUGUCUAUACAUGCAUAUUAUGUUUUCAGUAAAUGAUGUUUGAUU